UCAACCGCCUCAAUCUCCUGCCUUCCCGCCAUCACCAAUGUCUCCAUACCCAGGUCAAGCACCACAAAAUCAAUGGAGUCAACCGCCUCCUCAGCAUGGGGCCAAUCACCACAGUCCCAGUAUGGCCAACCUCCGCAGCAAUAUGGACAGCAACCCUACGGCCAAUAUGUUCGUAAUCCCACACGUGGCCUUCUGCUGUGCUUCCAAUGAUACCUUGUUCGAGACGAUGCAGAGGACCACCUCAAGGCCAGCAGUAUGGCGGCCCCCCACCACCUCAGGGUCAGGGAGGCUUUGGAGGACCUCAGGGCGGUCCACCUCCGCUACAGCAGGUGCAGGGCAGCCCUGCUGAGGUCCAAGCCUAUAAGCAGCUGCUACAGGACUGCAUCAACGAGAAAGGACUUCAAACAUUCUACCCCCAGGGCACACCAGUCCUCGACCAGAUUGCACAGCAAGCCGCCGGAAAGAUCAACCAGGUCAUCCAGCGCUGGCGCGUGCAGAAGGAGAUUGCCAACGAUAUCGUGAAGCUGGCUCUGUACGACAUUGUUCUGUACAUCGAUGACAGUGGAUCCAUGCAAUUCGAGGAGGAAGGCUCGCGUAUCAAAGACCUGCGUCUUAUCUUGGAGCGUGUCUCAUUCGCCGCCACCCUGUUCGAUGCUGACGGUAUCUCGAUUCGUUUCAUGAACACUGAUCUUUCCUCUGUGCGUGACCAGCAGGGCCGCCCUCUCCAGGAUGGUGUUUCCACUGAGGCUCAGAUUGAGCAGAUUAUGCGUGGUGUUCAGUUUAAGGGUCUCACCCCCAUGGGAACUUCACUCCGCAAGAAGGUCAUUGACGAGAUCAUCCUCGGCAAGGCUGCUCAGGGCCAGCUCAGGAAGCCUGUGCUCGUCAUUGCCGUCACAGACGGUCAGCCUGCUGGCGAACCGCAGAACGCUGUGUUCGAUACCAUCAGAUACGCGUUCGACACCCUGCAGCAGAGGUAUCCACAGUACGGUCGUGGCGGUGUUGCUUUUGAAUUCGCCCAGGUCGGUAACGACGAGAUGGCCAAGAAGUUCCUUGGAAAGCUCGACGAGGAUCCGCAGAUUGGUCCUAUGGUCGACUGCACAUCCAACUACGAGAACGAGCAAGAAGAGAUGUCCCGCGCCAACCCUCCUGUCGACCUCACCCCCGACCUAUGGAUCAUCAAACUUCUCCUUGGUGCCAUCGACCGCUCCUACGACUCUAAGGACGAGAAGACCAACCCCGCACCCGGCGGCUACGGCGGUCCCCCAGGUGGCGGCUACGGCGGACCUCCCCAGCAGGGUUACGGCGGCCCACCUCAAGGCGGCCAGUACGGCGCUCCCCCGCCAGGUCAGUAUGGUGCGCCCCAGGGCCAGCAGCAGUACGGACAGCCACCUCAUGGAGGCCAGUAUGGACAGCCACCUCAGCAAGGCUACGGCCAGCAGCCUGGUGGAUAUCCGCCGCAGGGUCAGCAGUAUGGUGGCCAGCAGCAGCGUCCGCCUCAGGGCGGUCCUGGAGGUUACCCUGGUCAGCAGCAAUAUGGACAGGCUCCUCAGGGCUACCCUGGCGGUCCCGGCCGUUAAGCUUGCAGGGCUUUUGAGGCCCAGGUGUGCUAGUAUACCUAUUAUGACUUGGUCCGAUAUGGAUGUUUGAGGCUUGGAAUGGGAAAUCAUACGUUGAACGCCAUCAUGAGCCAGACAGGAUAGUCUAUACUCUUGAUAGCUGAAUGAAAGAAUGAAUGAACAAUGUCUAGAAUAGUGUUUCUGAUCUUUGCUGCAAGAACUGUCAUGUCAACUAAAGUCUUGUGUACACAUGUAUUACGAAGACGAUAAGCUCAACGCAAGU